AAAAAAAAUUAAAUUUAUAAUGUAACGCGUUUUUUUGCUAAGUUACUUCUAAAUAAUUAACGUAGUUACUCUUGCGUUACCCAAAAAUAAUAAUAACGAAGUUACCAUAACGUUACUGAAAAAUGUAACUACGUUACAGUAACGAGUAACGCACGUUACGUUACUACCCAACACUGGUAACAAUACUAAAUAUACUUGCAUAACAUACGACUACAAUAUGUUAAGAGGACCCUUCACCAAUGAUUUUUGGUAGUAAAACAUACUUAAACGUCUUUGGCUGUAACAUAAUGUAUAUAAUACUAUGAAUGUAUAUAUUAUAUUAUACAGUUGUGGGCCUUAGGAAUUAAUAUUCUUACAGUGUAAACUAUAAGCGUAUCCUUAUAAAUUUCUUUUUUUCUUAUUAUUCUAUAGAUUGACAGGUCACACUUUAACAACAAGUUAUACUUAUUGACUAUUGUAUUGCCUAUAUUAAACAUUAACAAAUAGUAAAUGUGGAUAUAAUGACUUAUAAUAGACAAUAUAGAUUUUGAGAUUCAUAAUUAACACUCAUCAUGUUUAUAUACGGAUAUAGGAUUGACAGAAUUAUGUACAAAUAAUAGAGGGGCCUAUGAUAUUGUCCAUUUAUUGAUGGCAUUACCUCUUCUGCCACAAAACAUGAUAAUGGAGGGUUUUGAAAGUGUCAAACAUGUCUACCACGAGAAUGUGCAGUUAAGUUUAGGCGAUCACAGAGAACAAUUUAAUGCACUUUUUAAUUAUUAUCGGUCGACAUGGCUACAAGGAGUUAACGCAGAUAUGUUAUCGGUGAGUGAUACGGUUUGGCGCACCAAUAAUGUACUUGAAGUUAGCCAUCAACACUUACAAAUGCAUAUGGGGAACAGACACCACCCAGAACUGUGGAUAUUUCUGAAAGGACUAAUUACAUACUCUAGAGGUGUAUUAAUUGACUAUGAUGCGGUAACUGAUGGCGAACAAAUAAGAGAACCACAACGACAGGUAUGGAUAGACAAUCAAAGGCGUUUGGAUUUGGCGAUGAGGCUGCUAAAUGAAGGGCGCUAUACUGUAUUGGAGUUCCUCAUCUGUUCGCGACAUGCAACACCGAAUUUUGAUGUCCCACGACCUCGACCACUUCACAUAGAACCUGUGAAUGUACCACGUGCUCCAUCUCCAAUUUUAUUUGAGUUACCGCCUCAUCCAUCUCGGGAAGACAUUAUUGCAAGGUUAUUGCCUCCGCGGAUACGACAACCUGUUCCUCCUAAUCUUUUUGAUGUAUCAUCUGAUUUAGAUGAUGAAGAAAAUGUCGUAGCUAUACCACAUGCUAACCAAGUCCAGAAUGAAGACUUCAAUAUUUUUGAAAACUCCGAUUCAAAUGAUGAAGAAAAUGUGAUGGCUAGGUCACAGGCUAUUAGACCACAUGUCAAUUGGAUUCAAAAUGAAGACCUAAAUAUUACCCCAAUAGUUGAGCGCCAAUGCUAUAUAUGUAUAUUUUCGCCGCCAACUGUAAUUGUGUUACCGUGCUUACAUCAAGGUCUCUGUGAGCCUUGCUUUACAAGCUACUCCAUAAUGGCUCCAUAUACCCGUCGACCUUAUUACAGAUGUCCACUGUGUAGAGGACAAGUACAAAGUUAUACAAUAAUAAUAUGAUUUAUAAAAUGUUUCACAUUUAUGAAUGUGAACUCACAAAAAUAUACAAUAAUAUAUAAUUAAUUGUUUUAUUGUUGUUUAUUUUAUAUUUAUAAAUCAAAAAUUAAAUUAUUUUGUUUAGUGUUAUUAUAGGGUGGCAAGAUUAAUGCAUAGAUAUACAUAUAAAUGCAUAAUGAUCAGGGUUCAAGACUUGUAUUAAUUAUUUUUGAGUUACCUACCGUUUUUUAAAAUAAAAACUAGUCUGAUAUACUAAUAUC